GGGGACGGGGAGCAGAGCACGUAGGGCUCGAGGGCGCUGUGCAGAAGAAGGUCGACGGUGCAGGGCGCAGAACAAAUUGCGAGGCUCCGAGUCUAGAGCCCUUUCCGAUCCAAUGAGUUCUCGCGGCUAGGCAGCCGAGCUCGCUUUCGCUCGUUGCAUUGCAUGGCUGCUUGCGGCCUCCCUCCGUCGUCUUCUUCGUCGUCGUCGUGUCUCGAACUCGGCUCCUCGUCGAGGGGUCAGCAGGAAUCUCCCAGAUACUGCCAUCCAUGCCUGAGCGUGAUCGACACUCCCCUGCCGAGCAUCUCUGCGGCCCGAGAUUCUGGAGUGGCUCUGCGCUGCGCUGUGCUGUGCGAGAGAGCGAGCGGUAGCCGACGCGCGGGACUCUGAGAAUCGGGAUUGCGAUUUGAGUGUGAGCGGGACGCGAAUUUUGAGUGAGCGAGGAUGGGAGUGCAGGGGUUAUGGGAGCUGUUGACUCCAAUCGGUCGCCGGGUUUCGGUGGAUUCUCUCGGGAACAGAAAGCUGGCCAUCGAUGCAAGCAUAUGGAUUAUCCAAUUUAUGAAGGCAAUGCGCGACGAGAACGGAGACAUGGUCAGAAAUGCCCACCUCCUCGGGUUCUUCCGGAGAAUUUGCAAGCUUCUCUUCCUGCGCAUAAAGCCGGUCUUUGUGUUUGAUGGGGGAACACCACUUCUGAAACGAAGGACCGUGAUUGCCAGACGCAAGCAGCGGGAAAGUGCGCAAUUCAAAAUUCGUAAGACUGCUGAGAAGCUGCUUCUAAACCAUAUCCGGUCACGUAAAUUGGAGGAGUUAGCUUCUGAAAUCAACUCUGGUCCACGAAAGCCUCCAACCCAAGUUCCAAGCCAAGUAUCAAGUCAGGUCGUUGAAACAGAUGUCAAGCCAGUCUCAGCGGACGCAUUUCAAACAUCACCUGGGUCGGAACAUCAGUUAGAUGCACGGGGCUUGUCUUUCAGAGAACGAGCUGAUCAGGAAGCUGCAGAUGCUCUGCUUGCAGCAUCAUUAGCAGCAGAAGACAGUCAGUCUGCGCAGGCUGACAGAGAUCCAGCUGAAGAAAUUAUUGAAGCGAGCGAUGGGGAUGAUGAUGUGGAGGAGCUUGUUCUGCCUUCCACUGUGAAGGGACUCGAUCCUGCCGUCUUGGCGUCUCUACCCGCUUCGAUGCAGUUGGAGCUACUAGUCCAGAUGAGGGAACAACUUGUUGCUGAAAAUAGGCAAAAGUUUCAAAAAGUAUCCAAGGUGCCCGCGUCAUUUUCUCAGCUACAAAUUCAAGCUUACUUGAAAACUGUAGCAUUUAGAAGGGAGAUAACUGAAGUUCAGCGAGCUUCGGGUGGUGUGGGAGUAGGAGGUGUUCCCACAACUCGAAUUGCAUCCACCUCUGACCGGGAGUUCAUUUUUUCGAAUUCCUUUCAAGGCGAGAAACCAGCACCGAGCACUGUUGAAAAACAGAGACGUGGAAGAAGCGGAGUAGCAAAGGAGAUUCCUGGUUCAUUUCUGGGAUCAAAGUCAACUUUGUUUUCCUCUAUGACAGAGACUCAGAAGAGUCCUCUAGAGGUGAUUCCCGAAGAAGGUGUGGUCUCAUUGGUCUCUACACAAUUGAGUGAAGAACCUGACACAAAUUCCAAUAGUUCCGUUCAUACUUAUGUUGAUGAUAGGGGGCAUGUUCGUGUAAGCAGAGUGAGGGGUAUGGGAGUGCGCAUGACAAGAGACCUUCAGUGGAAUUUGUACCUGAUGAAGGAUACAGAGGCAAGAAAAACUUCAGAUAAUGGACUUUCAUCCGAACCACCAAUCAUCCCCUCAAACUUUGUAGCAGAUUCACCUACAUCAACAGUAAAUAAUGUUAUGGACUGUUCGGCUAGUCAACAGGGGCUACAAAUUUCCUUUGUCGAUGACGGAAAUUCUGAUUUCAGCAAAGAUGGAGAUCUUUUUGAAGAACUGGUCAUGUUGAAUGGAAAAGGUGAACAUGUGACCAAUUUACAAGGUUCCAGUUUUCCAGCAACUAAUAAACAAACGAUGGCUACAAUCACUGAAGAGGACGAGGACUAUGAGUGGGAAGAAGGUGGCGUGGAGAAAAGCUUGGACUGCUGUGUUGUGGAGGAAAAGGCUGAAGUUCAUCAAGUUUUAGAAGGCUCAACGCUGGCCUCUACUCGCGAGAAUGAGAGUAGCGGACACGUUGUGAGGGACCACACAACGUGUCCUCACCCUCUUCAUAUCCCUUGUGUGGUCCCACACAAGGAAUAUGAAGAGGGGCAAGAUGAGCAGUGGGAUGAUGGUGGACUGGAUAAGGGUGUUGAUUACAGUGUAGACUACAGUGUUGUUGAGGACAAAGACUUGGCUGAAGCAAUGAAAUUAAGUCUGAUGAUGCAGGACGAACAUGUGAAUACUGAAGAGCCUAAUGAUCAUAUCAUCAUAGAAGAUGGACCAAGCAGUGAUGAGAGUGAAGUGGAAUGGGAAGAUGGUACAGGAGCUGUUACUGUAACAGGUUUUGACGCAGUCAGUGGAAAUACUGAUACGAACACGAUCGAGUUAGGUCCUUCAGAAGAAGCUCAAAUACAAGAGGCCAUCCGUCGAAGUUUGGAGGACUUCUGUCCUCCAGCGAAAAUGUCAGCCCGGCUUGUGAUCAAAGAGCCUUCUGAGGACUAUUCAAGUUUCACUUGUCAUCUACCUAAGGAGGCUGGGAUUGUCUCUCCGUUGCAACGAGCGGAAGAGGAGUCAGAGGAAGUAUACCUUGCCCGUGAACGAACGAGAAAAGGAAAGGCACUUUUAGGAGAGGAGGAAAACGUAUCACGGCUUUAUGCAUCUAACAUACCGAAAGUUAUAUCGGAAGAAUUGGAACACCAUCCUGAUGCAACCAUCUUCAAGGCUUGUAACGAGGAUGCACUCCAAACGGUAGCCAGAGUUAUUGAGAAAAACUCGAACCACCAUGAGAACCAAGUGGGAGAAAUUAGACCGGCGCCUUCCAUUGCUGUCAAGGCCGAACCGAUUGAAGAGGAACAUGCAUUCGUUUGUAAUCCAGUCUGCGAACAGGUUGUAAUCAACCAUGGGGCAUCUGCUCAAGCUAUUUCAGAAAGUGUCUUACCUGGUGCAGGAGGCUGGAAAGUUUCGCCCGUCUCAACUGCUGACACCACCGUUCCGAAUCCUUCAAACAAGAACACGCUUGUUGAGCAAAGUUCAGCGGCGGAGGUUUCCUAUCAUCCAAGUGAUGUCGCCGCUGAGGUGACGUCCAUGGACACAGAAGAUUCCAAGACAGGAAUUCUUAGCCAUUUCGCCGGAACGUCUACCAAAGCUCCAGUUUAUCCUUCUGAGUCUUUGCCCACUAGUGAGGCCGAACUGUUGAGGGAUGCUGAAGAGAUGGACAUUGCGAAGGAGAGAGAAGAAUUACGACUUAAAGAAGCCCAGCUCCACAUAGAGAGAGAACAGUUGGCCAGGGAGGAAGAAGAGCUGCAAGCGGAACUUCAAGCCGAGAGAGAAGAGAUUCUUGCUGGGUUGGACAGAGAAAGGGAGCUUCUUGAGCGCGAGGAGAUGGAACUGCGUGCUACUAAAAAGAAGAACGAAAGGAACGCAGAAUCUGUGACGAGUGAGAUGUUUACAGACGUUCAGGAACUUCUGCAGUUGUUUGGUUUACCCUACGUGGUCGCCCCUAUGGAGGCAGAGGCACAGUGUGCUUUCCUAGAUACCAUCAACCUUGUUGAUGGUGUUGUAACUGAAGAUUCAGAUGUAUUUUUAUUUGGUGGCCGAAAUGUCUACAAGAAUCUCUUUGAUGAUAGAAAAUAUGUGGAAACGUACUACAUGAAGGAUCUGGAAUCUGAAAUGGGUAUGACUAGGGAGAAGUUGAUAAGAAUGGCAUUGUUGUUGGGAAGUGACUAUACAGAGGGAAUCAGUGGGAUCGGUAUCGUCAAUGCGAUUGAGGUGGUGAAUGCUUUCGAAGAAGAGGAUGGCCUUCAGAGGUUUAAGGCGUGGCUGGACUCCCCAGACAUGUCUCUUUUUAACCAAGUUUAUGUGCAGACUAAGGUUAAAGGCGACGGUAAAGUAGGACGAGCUAAGGGCAAGGCCUUGGAAGGUGAAGGUGAGCAUAUUGAAGAGGAUGAAGUCUGUGAAGGUGGUGAUCUGGAUGAGACGGAAGACUCCAAGUUCACUCCUCGGCAGCGUAUCUUCAUAAGCAAGCAUAGAGUUGUCAGCAAAAAUUGGCACAUACCUGAUUCGUUUCCAAGUGAAGCUGUCGUAUCGGCUUACAUCAGUCCUAUGGUCGACAAGUCAAAGGAAACCUUCUCUUUUGGAAGACCAGAUCUUGAAGCCCUGCGCAGGUUUUGUUACGAGAAAUUUUCUUGGGGGAAAGACAAAGCAGAUGAACUGCUCUUGCCUGUUUUGAAGGAACAUGAUCGUCGUGAGACUCAAACCCGAAUGGAUUCCUACUACCACUUCAGUCAACGAUUUGCAAAAAUUCGAAGUCGCAGAAUACAGAAAGCUGUAACGGGAAUCACCGGCCGUCGUUCUGAUGAGUUGAUGGAUCUGCCACCUCAUCUAGUCGUGCAGAAGAAGAGCACGAAAAAGAGAAGUAAUAUUACCAAAACGAGUGAGCUUGAUGAUGAAAUCAACAGAUUAUCAGAAAUCAAUCAAAUGUCUCCUCUGCUUGAUGAAGAACCAGCUACUACAGAGGAUGGAGCUGUGGCUGGGGUGGCAAGAGUUGGGAGAGGUCGAAGAGGUAGAGGUCGUGGUCGGGGUCAACAUCUGUCGACUGCGGGAGAAGUCGAAGACGAGGGAAAUGAUGGAGAAGAUGUACCAAGCAUCACGAAUCGGAAAUCUCGUGGUAGAGGUAGGGGUAGGGCAAGAGAAACCGGAAAGAGUAGUACGAGUGGUAGGAGCAAACCCACGGGUAGGGGCAGAGGCAGGGGUAAGGGGAAGGCCAGGGAGAACGUCAGUGAGGCUGAUGCGAGUGCAAGUGACGAAGUAACAGAAGACUUGAUGGGAGAAGUCGAAUCAUUGAAGAGAAAAGCCAGUCAGACAUCCCAAGCACUCCGAAGAUCCACAAGACCACGCUCCGAAGUAAAUUACAUGCUGGAAAAUUCUGAUGAAGAAGCAUGUGGUGCCUGUUCUGAUGGAGAAGAACUCCAAGCAUCAAAGCAACAUGAAAAUGCGACAAUGCGUGAGAUUAGAGAUAUUCCGUAUGUUCAAGGUGCACACGCCUCUUCAUCUGGACCUCCUAAGGGAGUGUCCCACAUGGAUCUCGACAGACCUGUUAGUGAUGGACCUUCUAAAGAGUAUGAAGUUGGUGGAGGAUUUUGUCGGGAAGACGGUGAAGGUUGUGAAGAAGCCGGACAGCUACAUUUUGAGAUGGAAGAGCCUGCCUAUUUAGCGAGUGGGGGUGGUUUUUGCAUGGAUGAAGAAGAGGAAACUCCGAAAGAUUUUGAUGGUUUAUUGGCAGGAGACAAAAUCCAAGAACAGCAGCAAGGUUUUACUCUGGAGGAUGGAUUUUGCCUGGCAGAGGAUGAAGAGGAGGCUUUAGCUAGGGCAAGUGAGAUUGCCGAAGAGAAUUAUCUAAAUCAGCUGAGAAGGAUGGAAAGUCAAGAACAAAGCAGGACCCUAGAUCCAGAAGUUCCUAGUGUAUGUAGUCAAGUUACUGAUGAUGUCUCACCACCAGUUAAACAGCUUGAUGAAAAUGGUGAAGCCUUAGAGUUGGGGUUGAGGGCAAUGCCUUUGAUGAGAAGAAAAAAACGCAAGAGUGGAUAAUAAUCACCUCCACAGAGGAGUACUAUUAUCAUGUCAAAUAUGUACAAAUCUCGAAAUAAUGUGAAUUUGAGAGAUCCGAUGGACAGAGGAACUUUUAACGAAUCA